AUGACGGGACCUCUUGAUGCCAGAAAACAGGAUAAAUGGUGUGAGUAUCAUAGAGACCAUGGUCACGACACCGAUAGUUAUUAUUCAUUAAAAGAUCACCUUGAAGAGUUGAAGCAAGACGGUCAUCUUACGCAAUACGUUCGAAAGAACAAUUCAAUAAAUACUGUAGCCCUACGGCCGGAGUUGCCUCAUCUUGGUGUAGUUCAUAUGAUGUACAGCUUGCCGGCGCCACCCAAGGUGCACACAAUCCAGUUGCUAUCUAGCACCCAUAGCCCUUUGAUACUAGCAAAAUGGCCAUACGACACCAGAAGGAUCAGCUUCGAUGACAGUGAUUUAGUUGGAGUGCACCACCCCUACACUGAUCCCCUCAUCAUCGAGCUGCGUGUAAACAGAUUCAUCAUUGAGCAUGUUCUCAUUGACCAGGGCAGCACUUCAGAGAUAAUGUAUCGUAAAAGUUUUGUCAAACUUGGUUUCACCGAUUCGGACCUGUCUCCGGCUGAUUACGCUUUGUUCGACUUCAAUGCUAACCCGGAGUAUCCUUUGGGAAGGAUCACACUGCCAGUACGGGCCGGCACCAGAUCAGUAGACGUAGCUUUUCUGGUGGUCAAGCUUCCUUCGCUGUAUAAUCUGAUCACGGGAAGAACUUGGUUACAUACGAUGCAAGCCGUGCCAAGCACCUACCACGAACUGCUUCGUUUUCCGACUGAAUACGGUGUCAAACAAAUUCACGGCUCUCAAAAAUCAGCGCAGGCAUGCAAUCUUCUAGCUAGAAAGAGACCAAAUGAACUAGAAGUGCAUUCAAUUGAGGUAUCAGAUAGGGAGAGCCUCGAAGAUAUUGGGAAGAUCCCUAGUGACAAAGCAACCGAAGCCCUUCAUCGGGUCGAAAUUGACAGAAAUCCUGACAAGUUCUUCAUGAUCGGCACUUCCUUGGAUAAAGUCGAAAGAUAG